UUGACAUGAGAGUAUAACAUGGCCUUUUACUAGCACCUUUGCUCUCUUACGAAUCUGCACCUAGUGGCGAUCAGAUAAGUCAGACGAGUCAAAUUAUUUCCAUAUAAAAGCUUUUCGGAGCUUCAAAUUCAGUCAGUUAAGUCGGUGGAGUUCAUUAAAAUCGUACCUAUUCAUAAGGUGCGAAUUUUCAAAAAUACUUUCUUUGGAUUAUUACAGUGAAAUUAACUUCGUUCUUAUAUUGAAAAAAUGGCUCCAAAUAUCUCAGCGCCUACAGGUGUCUUGAUGGAAACCGACGAGGAGGUGCCAAUGGUGCCUCACAUUCCCGAAGUAAAGAAGUCACAAGAACAUAAACUUCACUUAGUUUGGAGGAAUAUAAUACUUUUCGCCUACCUGCACAUAGCGUCCGUUUACGGAGUUUACCUAAUGUUCACUUCAGCUCGAAUAUACACAUCUCUGUGGGGUUUUUUACUAUAUCAAUUGGGAGGACUUGGAAUUACAGCAGGGGCUCACCGACUAUGGGCUCAUCGCUCCUACAAAGCAAAGUGGCCAUUGAGAUUACUUCUGACAUUCCUCAACACGUUAGCCUUUCAGGAUGCUGUGGUAGACUGGGCACGUGAUCACCGAGUCCAUCACAAGUACAGUGAAACCGAUGCCGACCCCCACAAUGCCACUCGAGGUUUCUUCUUCGCACACAUUGGCUGGUUACUGUGUAGAAAGCACCCCGACGUCAGAGCAAAAGGCAAAGGCAUCGACCUAUCCGACUUAUACAACGAUCCCAUCCUAAAAUACCAAAAGAAAUUGUACCUUUUACUUAUGCCAAUAAUUUGCUUCAUCAUCCCCACUGCUAUCCCAAUGUACCUCUGGGACGAAACCUUCACCAACUCUUUCUGCAUCAACCUAUUCCGUUACACCUUCACCUUAAACGCCACUUGGCUCGUCAACUCGGCCGCGCACAUGUUCGGACAUAAACCCUACGACAGAUAUAUCAGCCCCUCCGAAAACGUGAGCGUAGCAGUACUCGCAAUGGGCGAAGGUUGGCACAAUUACCACCACACGUUCCCAUGGGACUACAAGACAUCCGAACUGGGGAAAUACAGCACGAACUUCACGACCGCAUUUAUAGAUUUUAUGGCCAGGAUUGGUUGGGCGUACGAAUUGAAGACCGUGCCCGAAGAUUUAAUAAAGAAGCGGGUCUUGCGAACGGGUGACGGUACGCACGAGUUGUGGGGAUGGGGUGACUCAGAUCAACCGAAAGACGAAAUAGAUGAAGCUUUAAUCACACACAGGAAAUCUCAAUAAUGAGAAGGUAUUAACAGGCCAAAGAGCUUUUUUUUUUGAGACUGAUUUAAGUUUGAAUUUAAUUUCUGGAAUUUUUGUUUGUCGUCAAAAACACUUGCUAUUGUAUAUAGUGUAUAUAGAUAUUUAUGUAUCAAUAUGGUUUCGGAGAUACUUUGUUUUGUGAAAUUUAGAGGUGUGGGUUGAUAAUUUCAACAUCUAAACAAAAAGUAAAACGAAGCCGGUGAUAAGUUGGUACAGUAGCUUAGUUAAGAUUAUUUAUUGAUGUUUAAGUAGGUAACAACUUAUUUAACUACUUUUUAGAAUUUUGUACAAAAUGAGAAAAGAUUUUUGACGGAUGUACACAGAGAUGUUUAAUAUUGGCAUUGUAGUAGGUGAUUAUGUAUUAUAUUUAUAAAAAA